AUGGGUGCAGAGAAGAAAGGUGCGUCGAGGGGUUCCGAGGACUCUGAGGAAUUGGGACAUGUUCCCCUGCAGGCCAUCCUCUUAGCCGAUAGUUUUACUACCAAAUUCUACCCCGUCACCCUUGAACGCCCCAAAGUGCUUUUGCCAUUAGUAAAUGUCCCCAUGAUCAGCUACACCUUAGCUUGGCUCAAGUCUGCUGGAGUCAAGGAGGUCUUUGUUUUCUGCUGCGCUCACUCCAAGCAAGUGAUCAAUUAUCUAGAGACUUCUAGGUGGUUUUGUCAACCUGGCUGCUUCGCAGUCACCGCAAUUGAGUCACAUGCUUCUGCUAGUGCUGGAGAUGCUCUGCGUUUGAUAUACGAGCGCGAUGUGAUCCAUGGAGAUUUUGUCCUCAUAAGUGGGGAUACUGUGAGCGACAUGUCGCUUACUCAAGUGCUUCAAGAACAUAAAGAGAGAAGAAAGAAAGAUAAUAAUGCUGUAAUGACAAUUGUUAUCAAACCUUCUCAAAUCAUGACCCACCAAUCUCGAUUACUUGGCACUGGUGAGCUGUUUAUGGCAAUAGAUCCUAGCACAAAGCAGCUUUUGUGUUACGAGGAAAAGGCAGACCAUACAAAGGAAUCUAUAUUUUGUCUUGAUAAGUCGUUGCUUGUUGGUAAAUCUUCGAUUUCUCUGCAUAAUGAUAGAGAGGAUUGCUAUAUCGACAUCUGCUCUCCUGAAGUCCUCAGCCUUCUAGCAUACAAUAUCGAUUACCAAGAUCUUCGUCAUGAUUUAUUGAAUGGAUUGCUUGACGAUGACGUUAUGGGAUACAAGAUAUUCACACAUGAAAUUGACUCUAGUUAUGCUGCUAAGAUUGACAACUUCCGAAGCUACGAUGCAGUUAGUAAGGACAUCAUUCAGAGAGGGAGUUACCCCUCGAUGCCAGAUAUUAAGUUUACAGAAAUCGGACAUGGCACCAAGAUUGCGGACAAUACUGAAAUUUUAAGUUCUGUUAUUGGGGAAGGGUGUUCUAUUGGGUCAAAUGUUUCCAUAGAAGGUUCUUAUAUAUUGGACAAUGUCACCAUCGAAGAUGGCUGCAAGCUAAAGCAUGCUGUGGUUUGUGAUGGAGUGGUCAUCAAGUCCGGGGCAAUUUUGGAACCUGGAGUAGUUUUGUCUUUCCAGGUUGUUUUAGGAGAACAAUGCACUGUUCCUUCAUACUCAAAGAUAUCGUUACUUCAACAACCAACCGAACAAGAUAGUGAUGAUGAGGAGCUGGAGUAUGCAGACGAUUAUAGCAAUGGAAUUGCAGAAAUUUCGCGGCAUAUUAAUUGUAAUGUAAAUAAACCAAAUGAGCUUGGUACUGGUGGGGCUGGUUAUGUUUGGUCAAUUUGUGAUGACGAGUGGAGAAAUUCAGUUGCUCCCAUUCCUGCAGACAAACAUGCUGAGGUGAUACGUGCCACGGAUGGAAGCAGUCUCACAUCUUCAGGAGAGGUAAAACUUGAAUCUAGUGAUUCUGAAGACAGCGAUGAAGAUACUUCUGACUUUGAGAAUGAGGUUGAAGCAACCUUCCUAAGAGCCGUGCAUGAAAAUAUAAAACUAGAGCAUGUCGUCUUGGAAGUGAACUCGCUGAGAUUGUCAUCCAACAAGGAAACUGUAAUUUGUGCUGGAGCUAUCUUUUACUCGAUGAUGAAAUUGGCAUUGGAAGCUCCACAUGACUCGGCAAGCGAAUUGGUUAGAGCUGCUUCUAGGGUAAUUUCAAAAUGGAAACACCUGCUCAAGAACUACCUAUCAGACAUAGAUGAGGAGAUAGAAGUAAUAAUGAAGUUUGAAGAAAUGUGUUUGGAGUCUGCCAAGGAAUUCUCCUCUGUGUUCGAUAAGAUACUGUAUCAACUGUAUGACCAAGAAGUUAUCCAAGAAGAAGCUAUUCUGAGGUGGGUUGAAGAAAAGACAGAUGCAGAUGAAUCAGACAGAAUUUUCGUCAGGCAGGCGGAAACGUUUGUCCAAUGGUUGAGAGAGGCAGAAGAGGAUGAUGAAGAGUAAGAAGAAGGGAGAUUUAUAUAGCUGAUCUAAUUCGGUGGCGGGAUGCUUUAUUGAUUGAUAGAUAUAUUUUUGAACUUUAAACAAUUUUUGCUCUGACAAUUUGG